UUAAUCAUCGCGCGUGCUUGUUGUUCACAUCUGUAUCAUUUGAAUUAUCAUAUAUCGUCAACAUUUGAAUUAGGUUAAAACCAUUUUCAAUCCAUUUAUUUUAAGAAUUCUUGGUUUACUUUGGUAAUAAGAAUGCAUUGAAAGAGGAGAAUAUCAAUUUGAGCGUUUCGGUCUCAGGUUUUAAGAUCUCAGAAUUAAAAUAAAAUGGUAAAGGAUUACAAUGGAUCGCCAAAGCAUUACAAUCAACUCGAAUCCAAGAGAAAGCGUCUCACUUGUAUCUUAGGUGUCAGUGGAUUGUGUAUUUUGUCUUACAUAAUUGGUGCAAGACAAAAUAUUAUUGCACCUAUUGGCCAGUCUGAGUCUUACUCAAAACUGGGUUGUGAUAAUAAUGUUGGGUCGUCAUCUCCAUUAGGCUCAUCAAGCAGCUCUUCUUCUGCUAUUCCAUCAUCUUUAUCAUCUACUAUUUUGGACUUUAAUGCACAUCAUCAAAUUGAAAUUAACAAUUCUAGUGGGGUCCAAAAUUUUGCACCAUGUGAUAUGGCAUACAGUGAAUAUACUCCAUGUCAAGACCGAGAUAGAGGAAGAAGAUUUGAUAGGAACAUGUUAAAAUACAGGGAACGACAUUGUCCAACGAAAGAAGAACUGUUACUAUGUCUGAUACCAGCUCCACCAAAUUACAAGACACCUUUCAAGUGGCCUCAAAGUCGAGACUAUGCUUGGUAUGACAAUAUUCCUCAUAAAGAACUUAGCAUAGAAAAGGCUAUUCAGAAUUGGAUUCAAGUUGAAGGUGAUAGGUUCAAAUUCCCUGGAGGAGGUACUAUGUUUCCCAAUGGAGCUGAUGUUUACAUUGAUGACAUCAAUGAACUCAUUCCUCUUACUAGUGGUAAAAUCAGAACUGCCAUUGACACUGGCUGUGGUGUAGCAAGUUGGGGAGCGUAUUUGUUGAAAAGGGACAUCAUUGCAAUGUCUUUCGCACCUAGAGAUACACAUGAAGCUCAAGUUCAAUUCGCUUUAGAAAGAGGUGUUCCUGCUAUGAUUGGCAUUAUGGGUUCCCAAAGGCUUCCAUACCCAGCUAGGGCCUUUGAUAUGGCCCACUGUUCUCGUUGCCUCAUUCCCUGGAGCAAAAAUGAAGGUUUGUACUUAAUUGAAGUGGAUAGAGUUCUUAGGCCAGGUGGUUAUUGGAUUCUCUCUGGCCCACCUGUACGAUGGAAGAAAUAUUGGAGAGGAUGGGAAAGAACUCAAGAUGAUCUCAAGCAAGAGCAAGAUGCAAUUGAGAACACUGCCAAACGUAUCUGUUGGAAGAAAGUUAUUGAGAAAGACGACCUAGCUAUUUGGCAAAAGCCCAUCAACCACAUGGAAUGUGUGCAAAAUAGAAAGCUUUACAAAACACCACACAUAUGCAAGUCAGACAAUCCCGACAUGGCUUGGUAUAAAGACCUAGAAAAGUGCAUCACGCCAUUGCCAGAGGUCAGCAACUCUAAUGACGUUGCUGGUGGGGCAGUAGAGAACUGGCCACAGCGAGCAUUUGCGAUCCCACCUCGAAUUAGUUCUGAUUCACUUCCAGGCAUUAAUGCAGAGAAAUUUGGUGAGGAUAAUGAACAGUGGAAGAACAAGGUAACACAUUACAAGCGAAUCGUUCCACUUUCCCAAGGAAGAUACAGAAACAUAAUGGACAUGAAUGCUUAUCUUGGUGGUUUUGCGGUUGCUUUGUUAAACUAUCCAGUCUGGGUUAUGAAUGUUGUCCCCUCCAAUUCAAACCCGGACACUCUUGGAGUAAUUUAUGAGCGAGGUUUUAUUGGGACAUACCAUGAUUGGUGUGAAGCUUUCUCAACCUAUCCAAGAACGUAUGAUCUCAUCCAUGCCAAUGGUGUAUUUAGCAUAUAUCAAGACAGGUGCGACAUUACUCUGAUACUAUUAGAAAUGGACAGAAUAUUGAGGCCUGAAGGUAUAGUUAUAUUUAGGGACACGGUAGAGACUCUUGUGAAAAUCAAAGCUAUUACUGAUGGCAUGAGAUGGAAAAGCCACAUUAUGGAUCAUGAAAGUGGACCUUUUAACCCUGAAAAAAUCCUACUUGCAGUCAAAAAUUACUGGACUGCCAGUGAAAGAGAGAAACAAAACUAGGAUAUUCAGAGAAUUGCUUUCUUUCUGAUCUAACAAUGCUUAUUUCCUACCCAUCUUGUAACCCUUUCCCGUUAUAAUUGUUUUCUAAUUGAUAUUUAGAUCAUUUGUGCACCUAGAAGGGGAAAAAAUAUUAGAAAUACUCCUUUGAUCUUAUUUAUAGAGCAGAGAGAGUAUUUGUUUUGGUACUGUUUAUAAGGUAUCUCAACAAUCAUU